AUGGCGAACCAGACAGUCGUCAACCCACGAAACAGCUACAUCAGCACUACCCUUGAUCCGGGCACCUGGUACCGGCUCACCAAUGCCUAUCUCGGCCCCUCCUUCUCCCUUGAUGUGGGAAAUGAUGGCGUGUUGAAGAUGUCACCUUCUAGCAACUCCAGCGGCCAACACUGGCAGCUUCUCCCGCAGUUUUCUUCUGGAACGUACAAGAUACGAAGCAUGUUGCUUGGUGCAGAAAAUGUCCUCGAUAUUCACGGGAACGACAAAACCAAACCGCAUGUGGCGCGGGAGGGCAAUUACUCCGGCCAGAUGUGGACGCUAGACGGCUGGGGAGACAGCACGUGGCGACUAUUCAAUCCAUUUUCCGGGGACCAUCUACGCCUUGACACAUACGCGGACACACACGAGCCUUUCAUGUCCGAUGGAGACCAUUCCGGACAGCAUUGGACUCUUACACCGAUUAGAAGCAUGUUAGCACCGACUGUGGUUCGAACACAGGACCCUAAGAUAUACACAACCAGAGGUUACUGCAAUCUCAUGAUCUACCACUGA